AUGAGAGAGCAACAACAAAGAAGUACAGAGCAAGGAAAGAGGACAUGGGCCACAUCCAUCCAUUUGGUCACUAUCACAGUUGUCCUUAUUGUGUUCCUAAGCUCUGACAUCACUUGCAUUGGAAACAAAACAGCAUCAAAUUGGGAACAAUUGCGAUCUAGCCCAAGACUAAACCGACACUUGGAGGGAACUGCAGCGGGAGACAAUGAGGAUAUCCCUGACGGUGGCGAAAUCCAGAGAGCAGACAUCGACCCAGAGGUCGUAGGUGCAUUUGCGGCUGUUGUUGCUGGUGCAAUCUUGGUGCCAGCGACAUUCUUUGGUGCCUUGCUCAGUGGCAAAAUCUUUUCCAAUAGUUUCAUCCACGAAGUUCCUUCAAAGAUUAAGUACACGCUCCCCACAAGUGUCUCGCUAAGGGAGUUGUCAAAUUCUGAACAAGAUGACCUGGAGACAGCCACAGCAAACUACUAUGAUGCUCUUUUGAGAGGUGCACAUUCUGAAGUUGUGUCUGUGACUGUGACAUCCAUCAAUGAUGCGGAUUCAACAGAGGUGUUCAACCCAGUGGUUGCCCUCUUCCAACUAAUUUUUGGUCCCAAUCACUAUGGAUACACAUGGAAAUUUGAAAUCUUCAUUGGUGUCACAAGCACCAGGUCCCUGACUUUGGGGGAAGCAGUGGCCACUUUGGAAGGGGCUGACAUGUCCGUGUAUGUGAACGACUACCUGAAGAACUUGGGGUCUUCCAAUAUGUUGGCCAACACUGAGAGUGCUGCCUAUUCUUCGCAUAUCUAG